AUGGCGCCGACACCAAACGGCAACUACUCAUACCUCGAAACAAUGUACCAUCUCAUGGAAAUCAUUUCUCGUCGCCUCAACCCCGACGACAUGAUGAGUGCUUCAUACACCCAAAUCAUCGACGACUGCGAAGCCGUAGAGACCCUCCGAAGCCGCACCGCACCACAACUAAGAAACAAAGAAAUCUGCAAGACAGCCCUCGACCGUCUGCAACACUAUGCAAUCCGCCUCCACACAUCAUUUGUCAUCUCCGUCGCAUGUCGUCCAGCACUCCGAAAAGACAGCGAAUUCGAACCCGAGCAGCGAAAGACGCUAGCAGAUCGCUGCAAAGACAACCUAACCGAAACCGUCAGGAUGUUCCUCGCCAUGCACCAGCUCUCUUCGAUCCCAACCCGAAGCUGGGCCUUUACGUACCACGGCCUAUCAUCAGCUCUGCUCCUCGGCAUACUAUGUGAGACAAAGACCGAUCCAGAGGUUCGGCAGUUACAGGGGGAUCUUAUCGCUGCCCUCUCUGCCACAGCUGCCAAGGACGUUAGCUCCCCCGAGCCGCAUGUCAUGACCACCGACAAGGACAUUGAGCUCUCCGGCCCGCUGUACCGCGCCCUCACGGCGCUCAAGAACAUUUACGACCAUGGCUCUAUUGUCCCGUCACAUCUCAAGAAAGAGGGCGACGCCUCUGCCGCCGGCAGCGGGAGCCGGACGCCCCUUAACCCCUUUGGAAACCCAGGCCAGAUUCCCGGAAAUGGCAAUUCAAUGUUUCGCAACGUUUCCCAGAGCGCGGACCCCAGGGAGGACGCAGCGCUUGCUAUGGCUGAGAUGCAAAACGGAGGAGCUUCAAUCCAAGACUUUCCAGGGUCAGUAUUCUAUUCUCCCCCAUUUGAUGUGAACGUUUCUAAAAGUGUGCCUAGUCUUGCGUACGGUCAGAUGCCAAACGGAAACCUGAAUCUUGACAGCAUGAACGCCAUGAAUGUCGAUCCUACGCAAUACAUGGCUCCCAUGGACCUCUACGAAUCUAUCUGGGGUGAAUCGCCGGACCCGUGGAACACGGGAAUGGACUCGUUGAACUUUGACUUCCUAGCCCAGCCACCGCCAGGCCAGCCCCAGCAGCAGUUCUACUUUUGA